AUGAGGGGCGGAGCCAGUAGCGCGCUGUCCGGGACCCGCGCCACGCCGGCGCGAGAGGGGUGGUCUGGAAUUGGUAUUAAAGUGACCGGCUUCUCAGAAGCGCAGAAACUUCAGGCCAAGAAAACCGUAGGAAGCCGAGCUGUUUCCGGGAAGACAGCGCGCACCAAGCGCGACAGAGCAGCUUCCGGCGCGGGCCGCGUUGCCGUGGAGACGGGGGCGGAGCCGCCGUCGGCGCAGGCCCGAAACUCCGGGCUGGGGGCCUUUGCUACAACCUCUGUCUGGCGUCUGCUGAGGAGUCGCCUCCCUCAGUUACAAGAGGAAGUUAAAAGGCUUUGGUUCAUCAAUAAUCUAGUCACAAAAAUACAUAUCAACCACUGGUUGAAUUUCCAUCAAGAGGAAAGAAUGGAGAAGAAGAUUGGUUCCAGAUCUUUUAGGGAUGGUGUGGUUAAGAAACCUUGUUCUCCAAAGGCCCUGCCCCUCAAAAGGUCUUCUGCCUUCUCUGGGAUCCAGAGGGAGCCAUUUAGAAGCUGCCACUCCAUAUACUAUCAUGCCUCACAAAACUGGACUCGGUACCGAUUACAAGAACUUCGAAUUAGGUGUGUGGCCAGAAAGUUCCUGUAUUUGUGGAUUCGAGUGACGUUUGGAAGAGUGACUCCCUCUAGAGCCAGGUGGUGGUGAUGGUGCGCGCCUUUAAUCCCAGCAUUUCAG